ACAGGCAAGGACAGGGGGACGCAGGAGGACACACACACAGCAUGUCACUGCUGCAGGAAAAGCUGAACCUGGAGACUUUAUACUCAUCCCACAGAUGCAGGAGCCUGUGAAGGUUGCCAUGGAUGACAUAGACCAUAGUGUGCACAUAGCGGAGCGUGACUGGGACAGCUUCUAUAAGGAGAGUGAGGAAUGCUCCCUACCACCGCCUGAGCUCGCAGGUUCAGACGACUUGGGCCUCAGUGAUGAGGAACCAGAGGAUUCUGGAUGUCCAGUGUGUCCGGCCCUAGACAAUGUCCAAGAUGACCCCCGGCAGCAGAAUGCAGCUCCAAACACUGCCAUCCCAUCUCAGCCCAGUGUUGAGGAAGAGGCUACCCUCAGAGAGGAUUUCAUCUGUACAGACCUGCCUGUAAAGGUUUGUGAGAGUGGCUCUGAAGAAACACAACUAAAUGAUCCAUUGAGAUUAACUGAGGAAGAGGGUGGUGCUCUCUUGGACAGGGUCUUUGACAACUCCCCCCAUGCACAGAAAGAAUCAGAUUCUGGCUACUAUGGAGAAAACAGAGAAUCUGGCUACUUUGAAGAAAACAGCCUCACCACAGAGUUGGUAGAAGAAACCCCAGGAGAGACUGCUGAGCAGAUCACAGAGGAGACCUCGAGGAACCAGGACGUACCAAAUGAUCUGGGCUCAGUUCCAGAAUCUUCUAGCAACACAUGCAUAGCUAACAGUGACCUCUCUGGAGCUUGUGAUGUCUCAGAUAUCAAAGGAUUCGACGGAGAGCUGCCAAGCGAAGGUGGCACUGGUACAUUACAUGACAUCUUAACACCCCAACCCCCACAGCCUGUGCCACUGCCACCCCAAGACCUGUACCUAGGACAAAAUAUCAGCCAGGAGCAGCUGUUGUGCCACACAGAAACAGCUAUAUUAUGCGAGAGAGACGCCAGAGUGGCGCCAAGGGAAGAAAAAGAGCGCUGGUUUGUGACCGUGAACGGAAGUCCAGCGCCACACAGAGUGCAUGCUGCCACUGCGAUAAAAAAAAAAAAAAAAACUUGUAGGAAUUCAGUCCCCCGGGGCCACCACACCUCAGAGGGGCCAAACCCUCCCCCUGAGAGUGAGUCAGAGAUAGAUAUAGACGGAAUGGAGGAAUCUAACGGACAGGAGACCAUGAAUGAGAUUAUUACACAGUCAUGCAAUAAGUCAAAACCACUGCCAAACACUCACACGUUGCCAAAUAAUUAUCAUAGAGAAGUCUAUAUAGAGUUUCCCAAAAUAAACGUAAGCUAUUCAGAGUUACCCCCUCUCUUUUCAGAGUUAAGCUCUUCAUCAUCAUUCAGUGAAGAAGUGAAUGUUUCUACAGAGUUGCCCCUUCAGAGGGAUGACUCUACUGAGACGCUCAACCCAGAGUCAUCUAUUGAAGAAAACAAACAGGAAAAUUACAGCUCUGCCAUUGGCUUAAAAAGGUCAGUAGACCAUCCAUUAUCCAAACUACAAGACCUAUUAUUUGCGCAGACAGACGAAGAUGCACCACAACUUCACCGCUCUGAGUCUGUGGACUCGAAUGAGGAAGUGGAAUUCUUUUACACCACCAGCACCAGCUAUGAUUCUGAAGAGGAGUAUGUCUCAGCCACAGAAAUGGAGGAUACUAACACACCUUCCAGUAAGAUAGAUUCCACUCUCUCUGCGUCUCUGCCCCUACAAAUCGACACUGCUAAUUCACAGCCACUAAUUGAGGAAGACUGUCUAAAUUGCCCCGUGCUGCCACAACGUGAAGGUUAUGAAAACACAGCUGACCAGGCUUACAUCGACUCUGUCAGAACAUGUCCGUCCACUGGUCGCAGUAACAGUAACCCCAUAAUGUCUGACGAAAGCUCAGUGCCAGCUGAUUCAAACAACAGCCCUAACUCCCACAUGACUAAUGAGGCACCAGCACACAGAGUUGGUGAGCCACUUACAGACUGGGAACAUUUACCACAGACAAACACUUCAGAAGAUCAACCUACACCUCCUCUUCCUCUUCCCGAAGUAACAGUGACACCAACAGAAACCCCUGAAACAUCUUAUAAUGCAUCAGACCCCACUCGCCCAGUGUAUGCCAUCUCUGCUUUCUGGGAUGAAAUGGAAAAAUGGACAAUUAAAGACAUCUUGCACCUCAGGGUAUCUAGAAGCCCAUCUCCCCUGAAGGAUAGCCUCCAUCCUCAGGAAUCUGACCGUGCACAUGUUGAUGUCACAGUCACAGACAUGCAGAGCAGUUACCUGACUGAUAUUGCAGAAGACUACUCACAGGACAGCUCUCUAGUGGACACUUCAGAUACUGCAGACUCUGACUAUUUCACACACAACGAUGACUCCCCCAAGCCAGACCGCUCGAGUUGCGAGUUCUCUACCUUCUCCGAUUUUGACGAAGAGUACAUGCAAUUUUUUGGAACCAGCUCAAACCCCAGCCCUGAGCCUGGGAACUUCAAACGAAGAAGACCAGAGUCUCCCUGCUCAGGAGCCAUCUCACAAGAGGAAGAAACAGACUCCAGUACUGGCCUGGCCACUCCUGUUGACUGUGAGGAGCUUGCAGCGCUAUCCUCCUCCUCUGAAGACAGCAUCCCCAAUGAAGACAGCAUCUCCAACACCAGCCUCCUCCCAGAAGCUACAUGCCUGAAAGGGAUCAAGAAGAGCAGAAGCAUGUGCAACAUUGUGCAAGCUCUGGAGGUAGCUAAAGUAGAGAUGCAGCUGAAAGACAUGCACAAUGCCCAAGCUCUGGAUGUCGAGAAGCAACUGAAAGACAUGUGCAAUGUACAAGCAGCUCUGGAGAUCCACAUGCAGCUGAAAGAUGUGCACAAUGUACAAGCUCUGGAGGUCGAGAUGGAGCUAAAAGACAUGUGCAUUGUACAAGCUCUGGAGGUACCGGAGGUAGAGAUGCAACUACAGGAGAUGCACAAUGUACAAGAUCUUGAGGUUGAGUUACAGCUAAAGGACGUGCCCAUUGUACAAGCUCUGGAUAUAGAAACGAGGCCAAAACACAUGCAAAAUGUACAAGCUCUGGAGGUAGCAAAAGUAGAAAUGCAGCUGGAGAUGGUCGUAAAAAAAGCUCUGGAAAUAAAAGACAUGCACAAUGUCCAAGCUCUGGAGGUCGAGAUGGAGCUAAAGGACAUGAUCGAGGAAGCCGAAAAUAGAUUAUUUCUCAACAGCUGUCAGGACUUGGACUUGGCAGAGAAUCCUGUUCUUGCUGUGAUUGAUAGGAUCAGCCGAACGCCCUCCCCAAUUCUACCCAACACAGACAUACUGGACGAACUCUACAGAAUCACCUUUCCAGAACUAUAUGAGUACCUGUUCACAGAGGAUGUCCUCUCUGUCUACAAGUCCCUAAUGUCUAUGUCAGUGCCUGAGAGCUGUUAUGACUACUCUCUCUCUAAGUACAGAGCUGGAGUGUUAUUCCCUCCCCUGGUCCAGCAGUCCCUGCAUGGUGAAGGAGAACCAGUCCCAAUCUUCUCCUGCUCCCGCUCGGCUGCACGAGACCUCACGUUCCCCGAACUGGAAGAUUUUCUCUUCCCACAACAAGACACAUAUCUCGAAUCCGAGGAGGAGGACGACUGCUCCCCUAUCCGAGUGGUGACUCGCUCCGACAUCCAGGCCAAAGAGGCUGUGUCCCUCUCCUCCUCCUCUUCUGCAGCCCCAGAUGGUUACCCACCAAACACCCACUUCUACAGCCAGAGAGGCUGGACAGGGAACUGGAAGAGCCUGCUCUCCCUGAGGAGGAUCCGCUUCCCAGGAAAAGGCAGCACUAGCUGGUGCUGGAGGUCUGGUGCCUGGAUGUCUCCAGCUGUGAGUCAGGCUCAGAGGGCUCUGCCCCCUCCCAUUACACCGAGCAGCCAAGCUGAUACAAUUGUCAACAAAGCAACCAGGAUCUCCCCUCCUCCUCCUGAGGUCAUCCAACUCGGACAUCAGAUCUUCAGACAGCUUUCAGAGAAGCAGAGACGAUUCAAAAGCCUACAGACAUCCGUCUCAGUAUCAAAGAAAGAUGGCAUCCUCUUCUCACUGAAGCAGUCUGACAUGUGUCUGGUCUGUAUUGCCUUUGCCUCCUGGGUACUGAGGUCAGCUGAUCCAAUGGCUGCAGACACAUGGAAAGCAGCUCUGCUGGCAAAUGUGAGUGCCAUAUCUGCCAUCCAGUACCUUCGGCGCUAUGUGGUGAAGAGAAGGGAAGCUGAAGACCUGAAUGAUUCAACUGAAGACGAGGCAUGAUAUGUAGCUAUUGCUUCUAGAGAACCCUUUCCAAACAUUUUCACUUGGGGCCAUAGGAGUGUCAUCAGAGUUUCAUACAAUGUAGAAACACUAACAACCAUGUAUAUCUCAAUCACAGUAGUAAUUGCCAUAGCAUUACAUACUGUUUACUGGCAGUACAGUAGUAGUAAAGUUAAUAAGCAUUCUAAUCCACAUGGGGCAGUUUUCCGGAUAUAGAUUAUGUCUAGUCCAGGACUAAAUCUCCAUCAAAAGUGCUUUUUAGUCUGGUACUAGGCUUAAUCUGUGUCUGGGACACCGGCCACAAAUGUUUUACUCAACAGGAAGCUUGAGCUGGUAAAUUAAAUUAGGUUUUGACAGUGAGACAUUUUCUAAAUUAGUAUGUUCAAUAUGAAAACAUUUCUCAGAUAGCAUUAAAAAACCCUAAAUAGCAGGGAUAAAAAAAAUCUGGGUGAACGGAGGUUGAUGUGGACCAUAGAGACUAAUAGAGACUGUACAGUAUGUCAAUGUAACUUUACAGUAACAUGGUAAGCAUGACUAUGUGGUGCCUUCAUGUAAUAAAACAGAGUACUUGGGUGUUGUAAAAAGCAUUUGUUGUGAUUAAGUCAGUCAGCAUUGUCAGUUCUUACAUUUUAUCAAGAGAAUUUGAAAGCUAACCAGAGUGCCUAUUUUUGAUAAUAAUAAUAAUAUGCCAUUUAGCAGACGCUUUUAUCCAAAGCGACUUACAGUCAUGCGUGCGUCCA